UUACUGUGCACACCGCUAACUUCUACACAUCUCUAAUUUUGCACGAAUAUUUUAUUUUGUAAUAGUUAUUAUUAAAAACUUAAACAAUGGUUAUUGGCGUCUUCCCGGCGGCCAAGCUCGGCAUCUUGGCCAUCAAGCAGAUCAGCAAGCCGAUAGCCAACGUGAUAAAGUCCAACGCCAAGUCAAGUCCCUUUUUUAGGAAGUACAUCUGCAUGCCGCCGGCGCAAUUCUACAACUGGGUGGAGGUGAAGACUAAGAUGUGGGCCUUGAAUAUGGGAGGCCGGGUUAAUGUUCCUCCGCUGAACGAGGCAAUGGCCAUUGAGCUAGGAGCCAAUCUGCUUGGCGAGUUUAUUAUCUUCUCGAUCGGAGCCGGUCUUCUGAUCUUCGAGUAUUCACGUCAAACCAUUAAAGAGAACAAGAAGAACGAAUUGGCGCAAUCGGAAAAAAUGGAACUGACCAACACGCUGACGGAGAUGAGUUUCCGGCUAGAGCGUCAAGAUGCUCAAAUUCGAGAAAUGACAAGAGUCCGGGCUGAUCUAGAUUCGCGGAAUAUCUUCCGGUGGCACAAGGAGCCCAUACAGGAGUAUGUUCCCUUCGAUCCCAACACACCAGAUCAGAGCGCCAGCGCGAGAAACCCAAAAAAUUCGGAUAGCUUAUAUGAUCCGCUAGGCGGAAUGGCAUUCCGAGCCCUGCACUUCUUGGAUACGCAGAUCUUUGUAGACGGUCGUAACCGCAAGGCCAAAGAGGCACUCAGGCACCUGGAUCAGGUGGCUGAGCAGCUGGAGCAGUCGUUAGGAGAGGCAGCCACCGUCUCCGUCGCCAGCUCACUGCCAACAAAAACAGAGCUAUGACCCAAUCGACGCCUGGAGCAGGAUGUGGCUUUGCUCAUGAUGGCAGUGGCCAUGGAGGAGCAGUGAUGCUGCCGGCUUGUACACAUUCACCCUACAAACCAUUUCAUCAGUGCUAGUUAUGAUCAAAUCGCGUGUUACCAUUUCGUACUCUAAGUAAAAAAGUCAAUAGUUUUGUAUAACUAUUGUACGUUUGUAGUUAUAUUUAUUAAUUUUUAUUGUUACCGCAGACAACAACUAAAGAAAGAGAUGCAAAACAGUGUA